UGCUACACUGUUAUCAUUCCCGAAAAUGGCGAAUUUAGCAGCUGCUGUUGUUGCUGCGGCUGGCAGAGAUCCCGCUGUUGACCGUUCAUUGCGCUCUGUCUUUGUGGGAAACAUUCCAUAUGAGGCCACAGAGGAGCAACUGAAAGACAUUUUUUCAGAAGUCGGUCUCGUUGUCAGCUUUAGGUUGGUGUAUGAUAGGGAGACGGGCAAGCCGAAGGGAUAUGGCUUCUGUGAGUAUCAGGACCAGGAGACGGCCCUCAGUGCCAUGCGGAACCUGAACGGAAGAGAAUUCAGCGGCCGAGCUCUCCGUGUCGACAAUGCUGCUAGUGAGAAAAACAAAGAAGAGCUCAAGAGUUUGGGGACGGGAGCCCCCAUCAUUGAGUCUCCAUACGGUGACAACAUCGUGCCAGACGAGGCUCCGGAGUCUAUCAGCAGAGCUGUGGCCAGUCUGCCCCCAGAACAGAUGUUUGAGCUCAUGAAACAGAUGAAGCUGUGUGUGCAAAACAGUCCCCAGGAGGCCAGGAACAUGCUGUUGCAGAACCCCCAGCUGGCCUUUGCCUUGCUGCAGGCCCAGGUUGUCAUGAGGAUUGUAGACCCUGAGAUUGCCCUGAAAAUGCUUCACCGUCAAACCCCAGUGCAGCCAUUGGUUCCAAACAGUCAAGCUGGACCAGUGCCAGUGGCCAACCAGCCUAUUCCCUCGGCCAGUGCUCCAGUCUCCCAGUCACAGCCCAUGCCGGGCAUGCACAUGAACGGAGCCCCUCAGAUGAUGCAGCCCCUUCCAAUGGGUGGGGGACCUGGGCCCAUGCCAGGACAGGGACCUGUGGGACCACCAGGCGGGAUACAGUCACCGAUGGGAGUUCCUCAGGGAGGUCCCGUUCCUAUCGAUAGGGGACAAGGAAACCUCCAGCACUCUCCCGUAGGAUCGUCUGGUCAGGCUGCUAUCGAGCGACCUCAAGGACCAGGUGGUAUCCCUCCCAGAGGCCUGCUUGGCGACGGCCCCAACGACCCCAGAGGAGGAACCCUGCUCUCUGUCACAGGAGAGGUCAUCGAACCCAGUCGAGGAGGAGGAGGGUUCAUCGGGGCCCCCCCACCACACCAGGGGCCCCCCAUGCACAUGAACCAGAUGGCUGGCGGGCCUCCUCCGGACAUGAGGCCGCCCCACGACAUGAGAGGACCCCCCAUGGGUGAACCCAGAGGCAUGAUGGGAGAGCCCCGGGGACCCCCCAUGGGUGAACCCAGAGGCAUGAUGGGAGAGCCCCGGGGACCCCCCAUGGGUGAACCCAGAGGCAUGAUGGGAGAGCCCCGGGGACCCCCCAUGGGUGAACCCAGAGGCAUGAUGGGAGAGCCCGGGGACCCCAUGGGUGAACCCAGAGGCAUGAUGGGAGAGCCCCGGGGACCCCCCAUGGGUGAACCCAGAGGCAUGAUGGGAGAGCCCAGAGGACCCCCCAUGGGUGAACCCAGAGGCAUGAUGGGAGAGCCCCGGGGACCCCCCAUGGGUGAACCCAGAGGCAUGAUGGGAGAGCCCCGAGGACCCUCCAUGAUGGAACAGCGGGGACCCCCCAUGAUGGAGCCCAGGGGACCCCCCAUGGAGACCAGAGGUCGGGACCCCAGAGCGGUGGACCCCCGUGGACCAGCGUCGGGCCAGAGGGUUCCCAAUGCCCAAGGAAUGCAGGGCCCCGCCCCUCACUCCAUGAAUCCUAACGCCACUCCACCUGCCAGACCGGGUCCUGGUGUACCACAGUCCGGAGAUAGCUUCAGCCCAGGGCAUAGCCAGGUGACCUCACAGGACCAUGAGAAGGCCGCCUUGAUCAUGCAGGUGCUGCAGCUGACCCCAGAACAGAUCGCCAUGCUGCCCCCAGAGCAGAGGCAGAGCAUCCUCGUCCUCAAAGAGCAGAUCCUGAAGACCACCGGGACGCCCUGAAGACCCCCCCCCCCCCAUACACACACACACACCCAUAGGCUCAAGACUGUGACACAGGACCCCGACACCCCUGUCACCUCGACGUUGGAUCGAUCAGAAGAUGUCACAUCACUUCAAACAUUUUGUAGAUUGUUUUGUAUUAUAUGGUCUGUUUUUUUAAUGGAAGGUUGAAGUGAGUGUUUGUGAUUUGAAGAAUGUCUGUUAAUCUUUUGAAGGGGAACAUGUCAAAGUUCAACAGAGAAGCGUUGCAGAGUGUUACAUGAUGGGUUUUCAUACUGUCUUUUCAAAAGCCCAACCUUUUUCAUUUUGUGGCUGGAACCUGUUGUUGCAUGUCUGGAUAUUUGUUCAAUUAAAUAAAAAUGUCAGAUACUGUUCCCAAAA